AUGCCACCAAGGAUCAAUCUCCCACCCAUAACCCGCGCCCUCCUCCUCCUCGUCCUUGCCCUCUCCGCUCUAAACGCCAGCAUCCGCCUGUCCAAAUGGCGAGCCUCCCUCGCAGAUGCCCCAGCCUCUCAUGUCGCAACGACCCCUUCAAACUACUUCUCCGCACCUGAAUGGGCGGUACCCUUCCUUGUCUUAGUACCCAUCUACAUCAUCCACCAACCCUGGGUAUUCCUCACAGCAGCACUAGUCGAGAAUAACAUAGUCAGUUUGGCCAUAAGCCUCAGUGUCCUAUGGUUCGGAGGCCGGUAUCUGGAGCGAGCAUGGGGUAGUAAGGAGUUCGGGAAGUUUGUGCUUUUUGUUACUAUGAUACCCAAUUUUGGCGCGUUUUUGGUCUAUGGGAUUUGGCAUGCAGCAGUCGGGAAGCCGCAGUUUCCGACACCGAUCCAAGGGUUGAUAGCGCUAGAAGCUGGCUUCUUGGUAGCGCUCAAGCAACUCGUGCCUGAGCACACGGUCGCCCUGUUCAAGGCGACACUGAGAGUCCGCAUCAAGCACUUCCCGGCCUUGUUCACACUAGCCAACAUCAUCUCGGGACCUCUAUUGGGGACAGAUACAGCCCUCUGGCUAAGCCUAUUCGGUUUCCUGACAGGAUGGAUCUACCUCCGCUUCUUCAGGAUCACGGAGAUCACGACAGCAUCCGCGACGGGAGGCGAGGGCAGCACGAUGAAAGGCGAUGCGAGCGAUACUUUCGCCUUUGUUGCGUUCUGGCCGGAUAUCAUGCAGCCUUACCUCGCACCGGUUUGUGACGGGAUUUAUGACACACUCGUGGCAGUGAAGGUCUGUACACCAUUCUCAGAGGAAGCCAUCGAGGCAGGCAACGAAGGCGCUGCGUCCAGAUCAGAGGGUCUGCCAUCUAUCAUGGACGGUAGAGGUGGGAGCGGCAGGCGAGCAGAAGCUGAGAGGCGGCGGGCAUUGGCGCUCAAGGCUUUAGACCAGAGACUGAAUUCUGCGGCCGCGAAUAGGACGGCUGGUGCGCCUGUCGCGCUUUCUGCUGCGCCGAUGACUCCUGCGGAGGCGCCCGAGGCUGCUGUCGGUGCACCUAUGGAGAUCGAGGAGCCUGUUAAGGAAGUUCAGGCGUGA